AUGGCGAAAGACACCCAAUACGAAAUUGAAAGGCAAAAGACGAUUGCUGAGAACCGCAAGUUGCUCGACUCCCUGGGUCUCGACGACGGCGGCGCGGCGCGCCUCAACCUCGCACCGAAACCCAAACCCCCGCCGGCGACCCGCAAACGCAAAGCGCCACCCGUCAAGAUCGAGGCAGAGGGCCCACGUCGCCGCAGUGGACGUCUGGCUGGGUUGGAGCUGGAUGACGCAGCGCUGGCCGUCAAGGCCGAGGAGGAGGAGAAGAAGCUCGAGGAGAUUCGCAUCGUGAACCGAAAGAUUCGCGAGCAGGUCAUGGCCAUCAAGGAUAUCGUUGAGGACACCCCAGAGCGCCUCAUACCUGAACUUGAGGCCUUCCUGCCUACUGUUGGUGCGGCUACCAACGCACGCGUCUACCCCAGCGUGUCCACUCCUGCGAAGGAGGCGUAUGCCGACAACGAUGCGCUGCCCGCCGAGGUCCAGCGCCUGCAAUCUGCGUUCUCCAACAUGGUCCUCACCGCCAACACCAAGGUCACUACAGAGCGCGUGUUCAGCAUGGUCGUCCAUCCCGAACCGACCAAGACCCUUGUGCUUGUUGGCGACAAGAAUGGCCAGCUGGGAAUCUGGGACGCCAUGGGCCCAGGAGCUGCACCGGCGGGAGAGGACGAGGAGGAUAUCGAAGACGAUGGCACAGGAAGGGUGUGGCGUCUGCAGGCACAUGCGCGCAACAGCAUUACCUGCAUGAAGGUCGACCCCGUUGUUGGAUCAAGCCUGUUUGCCUUCGACGACGAGGACAUGCUCAUUAGCCAUUUUGACCUCGCUCCAGGAGGAAAGGAGGCAUGGAUUGCCGACAAGAAUGGAGGUAUUUCGCAUUGUGACUUCCGCGAGGCUGGCGGCGAGCGUAGGCGAUGGGUCGUUCAGGAAGAGGGAAGAGCUGCCAAGCUCGGUGGUAUCAGCGUCAACCCGCUCAUGCCGCACCUCAUAUGCACUGCUGGCAACGACCAACACGUUCGAAUCUGGGAUGUGCGACACUUGGCGAAAAUCAACCCACGAGCCACCGAUUCGCUGGAACCACCCAAGUCUGAAGAUGGCACCGACCGUCUGCCAACCUACCCCACUAGCAACAUCCCACGAGACAGGGUUUCCAGCUACAUGGAGGGUCCCAAGGGCAAGGGCCUCCUGCGCGCCGCCUACCAGCACGGCAAGAGCUGCUCGGCCGCAUACUGGGACCCAUGGGGCCGCCGCAUCGUUACGACCAGCUAUGAUGACAAGCUGCGAGUGUGGACGCUCAACCCCCAAUCCUUUAUGCUCGAUGCGCCAUUGCCAGCCACUCACUUCAAACCCGGCAAAGUGAUCCCGCACAACUGCCAGACUGGACGGUGGCUCACUAUCCUGCGUGCCCAGUGGUCGCUGAACACUGAAUACAUGCCUCAUUUCACCAUUGGCAACAUGAAGCGCAACCUGGACGUCAUCGCCGCAACCGGUGACAAGAUUGUAUCUCUCUGGGCUGAUGGCGUUACCGCUGUACCGGCGGUCACUGCGAGUCAUCCAAGUCGCGUCGACCAUGUUCUCGGUGGCAAUACCUCGGGGAGGAUUCAGUUGUGGACCUCGUCGCCAGAAUAG